AUGGGUACCGCGGCAGCGUGCUCGGAGCAUGUGAGCUGUGGCCUGGUAGAGGAUGCUCUCGUUCUGCUUCAUGAGGCCCUGGAUGCUCUGCCGCACAUCGAGCAGCGGCUUGCUCUCCAGCCAGUGGAUCAUGGCGUGAAGGUUCUGGAUCACCGUGUCCUUCCGCUGGAUAUCCCCUCAGCGUGGCGCAGUGCUGUUGCCGUGGUCCACGAGGUUCUGCGUGACGUCGAGGACUAA